AAAAACCUCAGAAAACCAAUAACAGUUAAUCACCCAAACCCCAUUGUCACUAAAAAUUUGCAGUUUCCAUCAGUAUAUCACCAUUUUUUUUCUCUCUUCUUCCUCAGAACUAUUAGGGUUCUACCCCACCCCCACCACCCCCGUUAAAUAUCUUGGAAGUUACAGAUCUAUUGUUGUAUUUAAACCCUACCCAAAAACUCAUAAAUCUUCAUAUUCUUGAUUUUUUCUUUCACUACCAAGUAUGAACCAGAAUCGUACUCGUUUAAUUUCUUCUAGAUCUUUACAUAUCAUUUGCACCUACAAUCUCUAGCAUUCAUAAAAAUCUUGUCUUUUUUGUAUUUUUGUUUUAUUUUACUCUGAUUAUGCUAUAUGGGUAUGAUGAAACGGACAAUGCGGCCAUUGUUCAGUGUAUUACUGUUGAUUGCAGUGGCAGCUAUACUUGUUUUUCGAAUUACCCUUCGUUAUAGCUCCAUUGAGUUGAAAAAUGAAUACCCAUUUGCUGGGAAGGCUGAAAAACCAGUUUUGAAUGAGACGCUUUUGAAAUAUGCGUGUAUUGAUAUUGGGGAACCCCGGUUGAAGAAAGAGGUUGAGGAGUUAUUGGAAGGGAAUUUCAGAGGACAUAACCGUCAUAGAUCUUUUCUGUCUUCUGGGAAGUAUCGUAUUGAUGUAAGUCCGAGGACAGCUAGAGGGGUAUCGGUGCAGCUCCGGUCACCGGAGUUUUAUCGUCUUUGGCAGAGUUUUAGGAGGAAUUUGCAAGAUUGGUUUAGAAAUAGGAAGCUUCCUAAGGAUGUGAUGAUGGAUUUGGUGAGUGCUGUUAAGGUUCCUAUUGAUGCACAUAGUGGUUUAGUGCGAUCACAGAAGAGGUAUAAAUCAUGUGCUGUUGUAGGAAAUAGUGGGAUUUUGUUGAAGAGUGAGUAUGGGGAGUUGAUUGAUAGUCAUGAAGCUGUAAUUCGACUGAACAAUGCAAGAAAUAGGGGAUUUGAACAUAGAGUAGGUUCAAAGACUACUCUUUCAUUUGUGAAUAGUAACAUUCUGCAUCUUUGUGCAAGGAGGGAAGGUUGUUUCUGCCAUCCCUAUGGAGUGAAUGUGGCUUUAGUAAUGUAUAUAUGUCAGCCUGUGCAUUUCUUGGAUUACAUGGUGUGUAAUUCUUCACACAAAGUGCCAUUAGUUGUCACUGAUCCGCGCUUUGACAUAUUGUGUGCUAGGAUUGUGAAGUAUUAUUCGUUGAAACGAUUUGUGGAGGGAACUGGGAAGUCUUUUCAAGAAUGGGCUCCUGCUCAUGAUGGAGCUAAUUUCCAUUACUCUUCUGGUUUGCAAGCUGUGAUGCUUGCUUUAGGUGUUUGCGAGAAGGUUAGUAUUUUUGGAUUUGGGAAAUCUGCUUCAGCUAAGCAUCAUUAUCAUACAAAUCAGAGGGGUGAGCUAAAGUUACAUGACUAUGAUGCUGAGUAUGAUAUCUACCACGAUUUGGUGGAGAGACCGCAGGUAAUACCAUUCAUCUCGGAGAAGUUCAAGUUUCCUCCUGUUUCUAUAUACCAGUGACCUUUCCACUCCUUUAAAGUGAGAGAUUGAUUGAUUAUAUGUUAAAGUGCACUCUUUUCUGUUUAUCUUGUAUCUGUAUUCUUCCACGGUUAAGACGAGGAGAAAAUGUUGUCAAAUUGUAAUUGUAGGUUAUGCAGAUUGUUUGGGAUACAGCUCAAUUGUAUAAUGAAAUCACAAGCAAUGAAUGAAAUCUUUGUUGUACUUCUUUGUUAUUUAA